AAGAGAUGGGGCAGCAGGCGAGCCAUUGGCAAGAGAUAAAACAUGGCAUGAACCGCGAUUCAAUGUCGAGCAUUCAGACUGCAUCUCCGUCAGGCAGAAGCUCGCAACGCGAGUCUCUUGUAACUGACAACACAUCCCGCCACUCAUAUCUCCGGCCGGGCAUCGCCGCGGAGCGCAGAGCUUCAAGGGUUGCCCGCUUGAAUAGUAACAGCAACACCAAGGGCCCCGGGAUGUCAGUCCGAGACUCUGGGAGCCCGCAAUUGAGCAACUGGCAAAAGAGGCUGACCGAGGCCCAAAUGGACUACAUGGAUGCUCAACUGCUCCGCAGCAGCAGUGUCAAGUUCAUGCAAUUGACCCGACCCCAAUUAGCCAGUCCUACUCCGCCUGAUUGGGACCACUCGGACGAGGAGCUGCCACCUCUUCCAAGCAAUCUCGAAAAGGAAAAGGCCAAGGACCUGCCGGUGACGCCGCCCAAGCCUGCAUCGCUCUGGAUGCCAGAGCCCAGCAUAUCGUCCGCGCCAGCCGGCUUUCUAUGGAUACCCGUUCCCAGCACUUCUGUGGAACUGGAGGCACCACUUCCUGGGCUCUCGCUUCGGCCAAAACGGAGAAACCAAUUCGCUCCCCUUCAGAUCCAGAGCUCACAGCUUUGGCGCAAGCCUUACAGCACCGCCAAUCGCUCGACAAGUGGCCUGUGGCGACCGAUCUGGGCGUCAGCAGCGCCGCCGGCGGAUCCUGCGCAUCUGUCAUCACAAGGGCCACCUCAGGCGCAAAAGGCGCCACGACAGGUAAUAAGUCGGCCGCCGCGUCGCAGCAAGCGCAUAACGUUGCUCCCGGAUAUUCUUGAAAGCCCAGAGCCGCUCCCGGAUCAGCGUGGAACUCUUGGAAUCUUUCAAUUUCCCUGGGGCGAGAAAUCCAACACGGCAUCCAUUCAACCCCGCUCUACCAUGUUCAUGGCCAUGCCUGGCACUAUGACCUCGGGCGGGCCACCCCCCGGUGUUGUUACGGAACACCACUCGAAACAGCCAGAGGUAGACGAGUACUCUUCUUCCUUCUUUGAUGAUUACGAUGAUGGUGAGGAGGAGGAUGUCGACAUGGACUCGGAGGGUGAGGACAGCGAGGAUGAUUUCGACGAGACUACGCUGUGGGAGAUCGCCAGCCUUUUGAAGACAGAUGCCGUGCCUUCCAAGGACAGUCUUCUUCCUCCGCCCUCCAGCUCGGUUGUGGAUGACUACAUGGAUGAAUUGGCCUCCGAAGAGGAUGGACAGUCUUCUCGAGAGCAGUCGAUCGUCAUUGGCCUGGCUGCGCCUCGAGAGUUUCUCUUUGAGCAGCAGGGGUCCAUUGCGACCGAGGGGCCCGUACCUAAGCCGGCUAUUAGCAUAGGCUUACCUGCGAAUCCAAAGGCCUCAUUGAACGCCCGCACAGCUGGCUCGGCAGCAGCAUCGGCAACCCCGAUACCGGCACCCGCAUUGUCUCAGAUCACCAGCCAUAUCGAAACUCGGGUGGCAGACACUGUUAAGAAGCAGGAGUCUGUCAGCUUGUGGGGCCCAGCUGGUCAAGCGGAUGACCUACACCCGCGAGGGCUGUUCGCGCCCGGCUCUAAUCGCUCGAAUUACCGCAGCACCGCCGAAGAGCCGGCUGCCAAGUACAUGACCCGAAAAUCUCGCAGGUUCGAGUCUAAACCGUUAGACCGGCUGAUGUCAACACACCUUUGGGUUCCCCUGACUGCUCCUAGGCGGAGCAAGCGCAACUGGAUACAGGCAGAGAGGAAGCACCCGCGGCCCCAAGCCAGCCCCGACGAUUGGAAGGCCGCUCUGGCCGAGGCGACCUCGGCGAGCUAUCCCAAAAAGCCCAGGCGGGUCGUUGCCAGUCCUGCUGAGUGGGAGGCGGCGCUUCACGAGGCCAUCAAGCGCUCAGCCCGGCGACCUCCCUCAUCGUUCUCGCAGCCGGCGUUUGAUUCGGCUGUCCGACACCCCGUCUUCGCUGCCUCGUCCCUGGUGACCCGGUCCGAGUGGUUCCAUCCUGCCGCUACGGGUUACACCUACGACGUAUCUACCGUCCACCCUGUGUUCUUCGGGUCGCUCGCAAUUACCUGCCCGGUGGAGGCUGUCCAUCCGGCCAUGUCGGCGUACGCAGCCAAGAAACUACGCCGCCAGCAAUCCCGCCAGCGCCAGCACUCCGUUUCACGGAGCCGCAGCGGGAGCCGGGGCAGCAGCAGCCAGGAUCAACAAAGGGAGGAGACCCGCGCACAGGAUCAAGAAUUUCCUGCAAGUGCCCCUGUCCGUGCAAGACCGCUGUCCCAACGUGACGCCAUUCAGGCACAGAUCGAAGCGCUCGAGGAGGAGAGGCUGUUCGCGCAGCGGAUCGCGCAGGAAGAGGUCCAACGCCGCCGGAUGUCGGGGGCAUCCUCGUCAACGCCGUUAUACAUCGACCUGGAGCCCACGCCUGUCAUCGCAGAUACGGUCCAGGACCUGCAGCGCCAUCUCAGUCAGCAGAUCCGCCGGUCCCUCGUCUUUGGCAGCACCAAGCUGCAGGAAGAGGAACUCCCGCCCCCGCCUUCGCCCGUACCGCCCGUACCUCCUGUACCUGCCGUACUUCCUGCUGCUGCCGCUACCGAACUUCCGUCGCGGACGAGAAGCAAGCGCAAGAGCAGCAGCAGCAGCAGCAGCGAACGCAAGGCCAAGAGCGGCAAAUCGCUGCUUUGGACGCCGACACCAUCUCUUCCUCCUCCCCGCGUCGGAGUACCUGCAGCGAAGGAGGAGGCGAAGGGGUUGUGGACGGCCGAUCAGACGGGUCGAUCGUCGUCAUUGUCAUGGUCGCUGCCGGCAAAGGAAGAUCGGGAGGCGGCAGCGCGGCGGACACGGCGGCGCAAGCUGCUGCAGCGGAAGCAGAGGCGUGCGGAGAUACUCGCGCAGAUUGCUGCUGUCGAGGCAGGGCUGAAUCCGUUUGUUGAUUUCUCCGGGCAGCGGUUGUGGCCUGUUGUUGCUAGUGGGAGCGAGGAGAGGGGGAGGAGGGAUUGGCUGCAUGAUGCCUGUGUGCUGCGGCAGGAAAGGAAGACUAAGGGGGUCGUGUUACGGUAUUGAAGGGGUACAAGUUGCGAAGGAGUGUACCUUUAGCUGUUUGCAGGGCCAAGCUACCUUACUUAUCUGGUAUUUGGGUCAGAGUAUCCGUACAUGCUGUGUGUCGGUUAUGUGAGAAUGCAAGGUUUCGAGUGAAAGGAGCUGGCUGGCCAAAGUCUACUCCGUACACGAUACACGUUCGUGCCGUGGUCCG